GUGUGAGUGUGUGCGUGUGCGUGUGUGCACGCUCCACUCCGGGGCUUUGUGCGAGCCGAGCGCAUCAGUGGUAGGAGGGGACAGAGCCGCUCCUGCGGGCGCACCGACAGCCCGGCUCCGCAGGUGCCGCCCGGUUCGGCACGGCUCGACACGGCACGGUUCGCUUUGGAUCCUCACGGUUCGGCUGGGCACAGCUCGGCACGGCUCGGCUCGGCACGACGCGAGCACUACGAUGUGCCAUGGGCGGCCGCUCCGGCUGAGCCCCGGGCCGCAGCCCCCCGCCCCGCUGCCCCUGGGGCCGUAGGGCCGCGGCCCCGAGCCCUGCCCGACGAUGACCCAGCCGUGGCCGGCGCUCCGCGGCUUGCUCUGGGAAUACUGUGCGGCUCUCCUGCUCGGCGGCUUCUGGGGACACUGCUCGCAUGGGAUGCCGCAUGUCAUCCGGAUAGGAGGGAUCUUUGAGUACACCGAUGGCCCCAACACGCAGGUGAUGAGCGCGGAGGAGCAAGCCUUCAGAUUUUCCGCCAACAUCAUCAACAGGAACAGAACGCUGCUGCCCAACACCACGCUGACCUACGACAUCCAAAGGAUCCACUUCCACGACAGCUUUGAAGCCACCAAGAAAGCCUGUGACCAGCUGGCUCUCGGUGUCGUAGCAAUAUUUGGACCAUCCCACAGCUCCUGCACCAACGCUGUGCAGUCCAUCUGCAAUGCUCUGGAUGUGCCACAUAUCCAGCUCCGGUGGAAGCACCACCCAUUGGAUAACAAGGACACUUUCUAUGUCAACCUUUAUCCCGACUAUGCCUCCCUCAGCCAUGCCAUUCUGGACCUGGUGCAGUACUUGAAAUGGAGGUCAGCCACUGUGGUUUACGAUGACAGCACAGGCCUCAUCCGGCUGCAGGAGCUCAUCAUGGCCCCAUCACGAUACAACAUCCGUCUAAAGAUCCGCCAGCUGCCAUUGGACACGGACGAUGCGCGGCCGCUGCUGAAGGAGAUGAAGCGGGGCCGGGAGUUCCGCAUUAUCUUUGACUGCAGCCACCUGAUGGCAGCCCAGAUCCUCAGGCAGGCCAUGGCAAUGGGAAUGAUGACGGAGUACUACCACUUCAUCUUCACCACUCUGGAUCUUUAUGCAUUAGAUCUAGAACCAUACCGCUAUUCUGGAGUGAACCUGACUGGUUUCAGGAUCCUCAACGUGGAGAACCCCCACGUGUCCUCCAUCAUUGAGAAGUGGGCGAUGGAGAGGCUGCAGUCUGCACCCAAAGCAGAGCUGGGGCUGCUCGACGGUGUGAUGAUGACAGACGCGGCCCUGCUGUAUGAUGCUGUGCACGUGGUGUCCGUGUGCUACCAGCGCGCCCCGCAGAUGACAGUGAAUUCCCUGCAGUGCCACCGACACAAAGCCUGGCGCUUCGGAGGCCGCUUCAUGAACUUCAUCAAGGAGGCCCAGUGGGAAGGGCUCACCGGACGCAUCGUCUUUAACAAGAGCAGCGGUCUGCGCACAGACUUUGACUUGGACAUCAUCAGCCUGAAAGAAGACGGCCUUGAAAAGGUGGGGACGUGGAACCCCUCCAAUGGUCUGAACAUCACUGAGAUCUCCAAGGGACGAGGGCCCAACGUCACGGACUCGCUGAGCAACAGAUCUCUGAUUGUCACCACUGUGCUGGAGGAACCCUUCGUCAUGUUCCGCAAGUCUGACACGGCUCUGUUUGGGAACGACCGCUUUGAGGGGUAUUGCAUUGACCUGCUGAAGGAGCUGGCCAUCAUCCUGGGCUUCACCUAUGAGAUCCGCCUGGUGGAGGAUGGCAAAUACGGAGCGCAGGACGACAAGGGCCAGUGGAACGGGAUGAUCAAGGAGCUCAUCGACCAUAAAGCUGACCUGGCAGUUGCUCCUCUCACCAUCACCCACGUACGGGAAAAAGCGAUAGACUUCUCCAAGCCUUUUAUGACUUUGGGGGUCAGCAUUCUGUACCGGAAGCCCAACGGGACCAACCCCAGUGUGUUUUCCUUCCUCAACCCUUUGUCUCCUGAUAUUUGGAUGUACAUUCUCCUCGCCUACCUGGGGGUCAGCUGCGUGCUCUUUGUCAUAGCCAGGUUCAGCCCAUAUGAGUGGUAUAAUCCACACCCUUGCAACCCUGACUCAGACGUGGUGGAAAACAAUUUUACCUUGCUAAAUAGUUUCUGGUUUGGAGUUGGAGCUCUGAUGCAGCAAGGCUCUGAGCUGAUGCCCAAGGCGCUCUCCACGCGGAUCAUUGGUGGCAUCUGGUGGUUCUUCACCCUGAUCAUCAUCUCGUCCUACACGGCCAACCUGGCCGCCUUCCUGACAGUGGAGAGGAUGGAAUCCCCCAUUGAUUCAGCCGACGAUUUGGCAAAGCAAACCAAAAUUGAGUAUGGGGCUGUGAAGGAUGGUGCAACCAUGACCUUCUUCAAGAAAUCCAAAAUUUCUACCUUUGAAAAGAUGUGGGCUUUCAUGAGCAGCAAACCCACAGCUCUCGUUAAGAACAACGAGGAAGGGAUCCAGAGGACCCUGACGGCCGACUAUGCGCUGCUGAUGGAGUCCACCAGCAUCGAGUACAUCACCCAGAGAAACUGCAACCUCACUCAGGUCGGGGGGCUCAUCGACUCCAAGGGCUACGGGAUUGGGACCCCCAUGGGAUCACCUUAUAGGGACAAGAUCACCAUUGCCAUCCUCCAGCUACAGGAGGAGGGGAAGCUUCACAUGAUGAAGGAGAAGUGGUGGAGAGGCAACGGCUGCCCUGAGGAUGAGAACAAGGAGGCCAGUGCCCUGGGAAUCCAGAACAUCGGCGGCAUUUUCAUCGUGCUGGCAGCAGGUUUGGUGCUGUCAGUCUUUGUGGCCAUGGUGGAGUUCAUCUACAAGCUGCGGAAGACGGCGGAACGUGAGCAGCGCUCCUUCUGCAGUGCAGUGGCCGAUGAGAUCCGUCUGUCGCUCACCUGCCAGCGCCGGGUCAAGCACAAACCUCCACCCCCCGUCAUGGUGAAGGCGGAUGCUGUGAUCAACAUGCACACCUUCAACGACCGGAGGCUGCCAGGGAAGGACAGCAUGAGCUGCAACACCGGCCUGACGCCUGUGUUCCCAUAGGCAGCGGGACCUGGGGGCGGGAGGGAAGGAUGAGCGAAGGAUGCGCUCCGAAAUAGGGAAGAAAGGACUUAAAAACAACAACAAGAAAGAAAGGAAAUAAGAGGGGGAAAACAAAAAAAGAAAGAAAGAAAGGAAAAAAGAAACCAACAAAGCUUGGUUUGGUUCAUUUCAAGAACAAGGCCUUUCAACACAGCUGCAUCCAUCACCGGCGCAGGAGCAACAACAUCAAAGCACAGACUGCAUUGCACUGCACCGCACUGUGGGUCUUGGGGCUUCUCCGUUUUGUUUUUCUUGUUUUUCUUGCAUUCCUCAUAUUUUUUUACAGCUUUGCUCCCUGGCCUCGUGCAGCCCAACGCUCCACCACAGUCUGAUGUUUACACAGCGAGAACAAGCGGAGGCACAACUGAAUUGAGCCAAACUGAGCCCCGGCGGGCAGCGAGGAGCCCCCGAGCACAGCUCCUCCAGCAUGGCAAUAAAGGGACACGUUGUCCAUUGGGUGUGCAUGGCACACCUGGGAGAAAGGGACAGGAGAAGCCCCCCGAUGCACUGCAGCUGCUGGCAUGGAGGAGGCAUCCCAGCUGCCAUCGGUAGAGCCCAUAGCAGAGCCCUGCAAGCUGGAAUGGAACUGCAGUGGGCAGGAAGGGGCUGGCAUGGUGUGUGUGGGGACUGAGAUGAACUGCUGCCAGCCUGGGGCUGCCCCAAUGCCCCACACCACACAGUCUGGUUCCUCCCCCUGCUGCCAGGCAGCAGAGCCCACGGGCUGCAGCAGAGAUGGGAGGAGAGCUGUGUCCCAGAGGAGGACAGGAUGGGUGCCAUGAAGCUGGUUGCAGCUCUGUGUUCAUACCUGAGCAUCCUGGUGGGGUCCCAGCACACGGUGCCAGCUCAGCCCAGUGCCUCUCACCCACCCACAGCUCCACACAAAUGCACUCGUGUUCUUAAGGAAUCUUCCAUGCACUGUGUUCUUCUUUUCAGGUUGCUAACCCAGAAGGCUGGUCCUGAGCACCAAUCGAGUCAGAAUUACCAAAGACCCCUCUGCUAACAGAAAGGAAAGCUGAGCAGCGCUGCUCUGCUCCAUCCCUCCAUGGGAACACAAUCCAUUUCUCCCCAACCAACCACUGCAAAAAGAAGCAAGCAGACCCACCGUCACCCCCAGCACCACAAGCACCUGAGCACUUCCCACCCCCUAACUCCAGGCAGAUUUUGUCUUUAUUUUGUUCUCCCCUGAUGUAAAGAAGUAACAUAGAGACCCGAACCUAAAGAUGGAUUUGUCAUAGUUAGACUCAAGCAGAGAUAUGCAAAGAACUCGCAUUUAUUUCCACCUUCUCAUAGCAAUUGUGGAAAGUCAGAGCUGAAAUCUGCCCCCUCAGUGCUCAUCACUAUGGUCGUAGUUUGCUGACUGGGCACCCACAGCUGAGGAUGCACCAUGACACAGCUCUGUCCCACCAAUGCUCCUCAGCACCCCAGGGCUGGGCAGGGCAGCAGAGCUGCUGCUCCCCUUGUAGAUUUAUAAGCCAUUAGACAGAGAUUUUUACAACCACGACAAAGAUAAAAACAAAGCUUGAAACCUGCUUUACAUGUACCGAGAGCAAACCACCCCCCAAAGCAAAGCAUUCACUUUGCUUCUCUGCAGACCUCUUUUUUUUUUACUGAGCUAAAUAUCACCACUGCCUCAAGCACCAGUUAUUCAUCUUUGACACCAGCUCAAUUUCCUUUUACUCACAAAUGCCCCGGAGUGACAGGUGAGCACCAGCACUGCUCGUGCUGUCGGCCAGCAACACAAACCACUGCAGCUCUGCCUUCUCCCUUCUCUCUCCAACCCCACACCAGCACUCCAUACACCCUUGUGGUUCGGCCAUCACAAUCCUGCUCGCACCCAGGAAGCACCAGCUCUGCUGACAGCACUGUGCUGCUGGGCAGGGAGCUCACAGCAGAGAGAGACCACCAGCCCCGUGCCCUCCCAGCCCUGCUCUGGGCAGCUCUGAUCUCAGCAUCGCUGCUGUAUGAAGGAGCAGGAUGGGAUGCAGAUGGGAUGCAGAUGGGAUGCAGGGGGAACGCAGCUGGGAUGCAGCUGGGGCUGGGCUGUGCAGUGCUGUGCAGGCAGCAGUGAGAAGCCUGACAGAUGGCAGAGGGGAGACCCCAUAAGGUGCAGAUAUGAUGAUGAAGCAUCAAAGCCUUUUGCAAGCUGCCCUGAGACCUGCUCAUGGCUACCAGCGACUCAUGUCUUAGGGAUCUGACUUCCAACUUUCAAGCAGGUUCAUUCCUUGCUUGGUGGGCAGAGGGACUGAAAAAGUGAGGAGGAAACAAAUAAAACCACCUUAGGGCUACAGAACUGUACCCACAGUGUUGCCAUCCCCCUUCACUGUCCCUUUCUCACCUGCUUUCUCCCUCUAGGUCUCUUGUGGGACAGAGCAGGGACAUGUGGGCAGAUCCUUCUGGGGCUGCUCUUUUAUUUAGGCCAAUCUGAUGAGAGCUGGGUAAAGAACCCAACACUACAGACCCAUGGGACCAGCACAUGGAGGGGAACUCUCAGCCCCACAGCUGCCACCCGUGGGGGUCCUCGACCCACAGCCCUGCAGUGUGGGGUGCCCUGCAGUGCCCACACCUCCAUCAAACAACAAUAAAAGGACAGAAAGAAAAGGAGAAAGGAGAACAAAAAAACCAACCAACUGACGGCAAUGGAAAAAGAGCAUGGAAAAAUAUAAGGAAAAAAUAGAAGGGAAAGAAAAAACCCAACAGAAAAACAAACUGGUCUCCUUGACAUUCAGGGGAAUUUCCUUUGUGGACAUGCAGAAUUUCUAUGAAUAUAGUUUUUUGUAAGCAUUUUGUAACGAUUUUGGUUUCAUAGUAACUGUGUUACUGGCUGAUCAUUCGAGGCUGAUGUAAAUAAGAUUUCCAAGAAAAGAAAAAAAGAAAAAAAUGCCGAUUAUUUUCCUUUUUCAGACACUGUGAUCUAUCGAAGUGCACAGUUUGCUGUAUGAAGUAAUAUGGUUUUAAAUUUUAAAUAAAUAAAAAAAAAACAAAUCGUUUCUA